GAAAUACGUUUAUUUUGGGUUAAAGUGCUAUGGGUAUUCGCUUUCAUUUCCUGCUGGUUCUUGCUGGAUUCACCGCAAACAGCCUGGAUCUUUUUCCUUCGUUUCGUUCGCGGAGAGAGUUUAUGACAGAGACAAGCACGGCUGCAACCAGAAUGGCGAUCGGGUGGGCAAUUCUUCCGUUUCCCCAUGACACAAGAAAUGUCGCCUCUACAACAUCAACAACAACCGCGAACAAGAAUACCGGCAUUGGCGAAUCAACCCUUCCGUUGCCCUCCUCUUCGGGACUCGCUUCAAUGAUUCCGACCAUGCCGUUCGGUGCCCCCGCUACCAACGCAACAAUCCCUCCAGAACGUUCCUUGCUGAUCGAAGAAUAUGCAUCGCUUCUCGAAGAGCAAAACAUCGGCAGUGGCGGUGACCCACGGGGAUUUUCCACCACCACUACCAACAAUGCCGAAUCCAGCAAGCUGUCGGGUUCCUGGCGCCUCUUGUACUCGAACGCUCCGGAGAUUGUUGGUCUUGCCAGGGGGCUUCCCCUGGGCUUCCGGCUCGGUCCGACCUACCAGCCACUCGACACGAGGCUCGGAUUCUUUGAAAACACCGCCCGGCUGGAGCACCCGUAUCGGCUGGCGUCCCUCGAGACGAUCGUCGUCGGCAGGGUCCGGCCAAGCGCGAUUGGUUCUCUCAACGCCGUCGGGGUGGAAAACAACAAGAACAAUCGGGUGGACAUCGAGUUCGAGCUGAUCAUUUUCCAGGUAGACGAACUCUUGGGCAAGGCGCUGGAAGAACCGAUCCGCAGGACCCUGGUUCCGAACAAGAAGAAGACCGCGAGCAGCGACGAGCCUUCGCGUGCAACGGCCAAACAAUCGGCGCUCCCGGCAAACGACCAGACCUACCUGGACCAGCAAAUGAGGAUCGUGCGGGGUGGAGACGGAUCGCUCUUUGUCUUUUCGAGAGACAACGACACCGCAUCCCGUAUGAAAACGGCAAGCGAACGAGAAACGCUUUUCGCUUCGGUCAACAAAAACAAAAAGUUUUCGUUGGUGGAAGAAACUCCGCUGGGCGAGGAACUAGAGAUCGCGGAGCAGCAAACAGAUGACACUGGCGUUCCCGCCGAAAUCCAGUUUUUGUUCAAGGAUCGAACCAAAAAGGGCCGGUAACAUUCCUUCAAAUUUCAAUAAAGCGUGCCGUUCGUUGAAACGAUUCUUUACUCUUCAAUAUAGUUCGAAUUGAGAC